AUGACGAUAUCUGGGACUUUGCAAGGUAUUGGCUACGGUUGCCGUGGCGUCGUUUUUGUCCUGAAAAAUCCACGCCUUCGCAAAGAAAAAUAUCUGCGUAUCUUUAUACGUUUAUCAGUUCUGUCAUUUCUGCUGUUUAUUAUCACAAAUAUCCUCGUGGCUUUGCCUAUCCAACUCGUUCGAUUUGCGAUAUGGAUGAUUGCCCCGUCCGCUCAAGCCAUUCAUGGGUCCCAGUCCGUCUUGAUGGAUUUUAGUCGCUCGGCUCACGAAGUCGCAGAUAUGAUCCCAAUGAUAGCUCUACUGUUUAUGCGCUACAUCUAUCCAAAGCCGCUUGAUGAUCUGUUCAUGGAGUCCCUAAGAUACUCGGACAUCUGUCAUCCAGAAAGGCCAGCCUAUGCUUCCUCUUUACGAAACCGACGGUAUCAUGCGGAAUAUUGGCGCAAUGUCGUUGACUAUGUCCAGCGCAUGACAAAAAAAUUGCGUUGGAUGGUUCUUUAUCCAUUAUUGUUCAUUCCUAUCAUCGGCAAGAUUGUAUUUUCCGCAGCAGGUGCCUAUGCUUCUAUCCUGUCUUUGGGAAGAACGCAGGGAAUCAUGAUUGGCAUUUGUUUCCUUAUUUUACCGCGAUAUCAUACCAUGACGGUAUUUCGCGCUUUUAUCAGCAUGCGUGCCCUUAUGCGUGAAUUACUGGAACCUUAUUUUGCGAGAAUGAACAUGACUCACAGCCAGAAACGUCAAUGGUGCUUUGCCCGCAAAGACACCUUGUUUGGCUUUUCAGCCAUUGCCUACCUUCUUGCUCGCAUUCCUAUUUUUGGUUUCCUUGGCUACGCUAUUGCUCAAGCCGCCGCCGCCUACAUGGUAACUAUCGUUACUCUUCCACCUUCAAAACCACAUUCAACAAUCAUCAACGCAAUCCACCUCAAGCACACCAAAUAA